AUUGUCCCGAUAAGCAUGCUCGGAACAGUACUAGCGCUUUUUUCACUAAUUUCUGUAGCGAUGGCGGCGAACAAGGAACGUACUUUUAUCAUGGUUAAGCCCGAUGGAGUCCAGCGUGGACUCGUCGGCAAGAUCAUUGAGCGCUUCGAGCAGAAGGGCUUCAAAUUGGUCGCCCUGAAGUUCACCUGGGCCUCCAAGGAACUGUUGGAGAAGCACUACGCCGAUCUGUCGGCUCGCCCCUUCUUCCCCGGACUUGUCAACUACAUGAACUCCGGUCCAGUGGUUCCCAUGGUGUGGGAGGGCUUGAAUGUGGUCAAGACCGGCCGUCAGAUGCUUGGCGCCACCAACCCCGCCGAUUCCUUGCCCGGCACCAUUCGCGGUGACUUCUGCAUCCAGGUGGGCCGCAACAUCAUCCACGGCUCCGAUGCCGUCGAGUCCGCCGAGAAGGAGAUCGCCCUCUGGUUCAACGAGAAGGAGCUGGUUACCUGGACUCCAGCUGCCAAGGACUGGAUCUACGAAUAAAAUGGUAGACAUGUGUAGAAUCUGAAUCUGCAUUUGCCUCUCACUUAAGUUAUACAGAGUACAGAGAUUCUUAAAAAGAAAUAAAAUUCCAUCAUUCUUAUAACAGUA